UGCUGUGGACGCUCGGGGCGCGGCGGAUGGCCCCAGCGCUUCUGAUGGGCUGGGCGCUACGGACGAUGCAUGUGCAGCUGGGGGCGGGUCGCAGCAGCAGGCGACGCGGCUGGGUGGGUCGCAGCAGCGGCCGACUGCUGUGACGGGCGGGGCGCUGCGGACGGCCCUGGCGCUGCAGAUGGGCUGGGCGCCGCGAACGUUGCAUGUGCAGUGGCUUGGCGGGUCGCAGCAGCAGCCGACGGUGCUGUGGACAGGCGGGGCGGUGCGGACGGCCCUGGCGCUGCGGACGAUGCUGUGCAGCGCUGGGCGGGUCGCAGCAGCAGGCGACGGUGCUGUGGACGGGCGGGGCCCUGCGGACGGCCCUAGCGCUGCAGAUGGCCUGGGCGCUGCGGACGUUGCAUGUGCAGCGGCUGGGCGGGUCGCAGCAGCGGGCGACGGUGCUGUGGACGGGUGGGUGCUGCGGACGGCCUUGGCGCUGCAGAUGGGCUUGGCGCUGCGGACAAUGCAUGUGCAGCGGCUGGGCGGUCGCAACUGCGGGCGACGGUGCUGGUGGACGGCGGGGCGCUGCGGACGGCGGCCUGGCGCUGCAGAUGGGCUGGGCGCUACAGACGAUGCAUGUGCAGCGGCUUUGCGAGUCGUAGCAGCGGGCGACGGUGUUGUGGACGGGCGGGGCGCUGCUGAAUGCGCCGCCGCUGCGGCAUUCGGAGGUGGGCGUCCUGCGCCGCCCUGUCUCUGUUAG